AUGGAAGCUGACACACCAGGGCUCGGUGCCGAGCCGUCGCAGAAAAACAUCAGCAAAUCCCCCGACGAUCAGGUUCAGGAUGCCUUGGAGUCCAUCCUGUCCAAGAAAAAUCUGGUCCGAGACCAGUUCUUGGCAAGCAAGAUGAACCCACAGAUGUACAUCCCCAUCGCCGUGUUGCUUGUGCACCAUCGUUUACAAGCUCUGGGUGCGACUCAUGACCAGGUGGCAGCUGCAGCUGCAAAGUCCAAGCGCCUGGGUGUGGACGACCAGAGAACCAUGGUGCGGCCUGUGCUCAAGUCCAAGCGAAAUGUUGUCAUCCUCCGUGAUCUUCCAGAGGGGACAACGGAGGAGGAGAUCAUGCAGCUUCUAGCAUCUGGGCCGUAUGCCGAAAACGUUGUUAGUGUCAAACCCGAGGUGAACAACACCUGGUUUGUGAAAUUCAACGUGGACGACGGUGCCCAAGACGUAGUUCUCUGGCUUCGUUCACAGUCCUUCAAGGGGAAGCCGCUGAAUGCUGCAAUCAAGUCAGAGCACUUUCUCCGCAGCUUCUUCCCGGUGAACGCAAACUUGGGCUUCGUGCCGCCAGGGCUCCACUGGCUCGUGCUCGUUUCCCCAUCCCGGACCCCAUCCAAGACCAAGAUCUCCGAUAGUUUGACCUGCAAGCCCACUGUUCCGAUUGCAGACGUUCUUGCCUCUUAG